CCCUAACGGUCAACGGUCCGCACAACCUCUCAGGGUCGGGGCCAGCCGGGCGACCGAGUCGGGUCGCUGUUCUCGGGUCCCCACGACCAUGGAGGACGCUCUGCUCGGAGCCAUGACGGGCCCCGAAGACGAGCUGGGCGCCGAGCUGUUCGGGCCUGAGCGCGGGUUUGCCGACGGGCUGGCGCUGAGCCCCGCGACGGGUGCGGCCGAGCGGGAUGAGCUGCCUGUGCUGGCCGACGCCUACCUGGGCGCCACCGAGCCGGGGGAACAGCUGCUGCGCGCGCUCAGCCCCUCGCCGGGCGCCGAGGUACCGGCCGCCCUGCUCGGCGACUUCCCUGGGCUGCCUGAGCUCCGCAACCCGGACGACGCCGCGCCGCCGUCCGCCUACAGCGUGCACGUGCUGUCCUCGUUACUCCCCGGUGCGCGCGGGCCCGCGCUGCUGCCGCUGAGCGCAGGCGUGCGCGUGAUCCCAGUUGAAAUCAAGGAAGCAGGUGGCAGUGUGCCAGGCAGCAGCCCCGAAGAUGCAGCCUUCCAGACCCCUCUGGCUCAGGAAUCCUGCUGCAAGUUCCCGUCAUCCCAAGAGGCAGAGGAAGCUUCCAGCUGCCCCCGGAAGAGAGACUCCAGCCCCAUGGUGAUCUGUCAGCUGAAAGGAGGUGCCCAGAUGCUCUGCAUAGACAACUGUGGCACACGGGAGCUCAAAGCGCUCCAUCUGCUUCCUCAGUAUGAUGACCAGAACAGUUUCCCACAGUCAGACCUCCCUAAGCCAGUGACAACUUUAGUGGGAAGACUUCUGCCAGUGCCAGCAAAAUUAAAUCUCAUCACACAGGUUGAUAAUGGAGCUCUUCCAUCAACUGUUAAUGGAGCUGCCUUCCCCUCAGGACCCGCUAUGCAAGGACCACCCAAAAUAGCUCUGGCUGGAUACUGCGACUGCUUCACCAGCGGAGACUUCUGCACCAGCUGCAGCUGCACCAACCUCCGCCAUGAGCUCGAGCGCUUCAAAGCCAUUAAGGCAUGUCUUGAUAGAAAUCCUGAGGCUUUCCAACCAAAAAUGGGGAAAGGCCGGCUGGGUGUUUCGAAGCUGAGACACAGCAAAGGGUGCAACUGUAAGCGCUCGGGCUGCCUGAAGAACUACUGUGAGUGCUACGAGGCCAAAAUCAUGUGUUCUUCGAUUUGCAAAUGCAUUGCUUGCAAAAACUAUGAAGAAAGCCCAGAGCGAAAAAUGCUGAUGAACACACCCCACUAUAUGGAGGCUGGCGACUUUGAGGGCAACCACCAUCUGUCCCCAGCCAUGUUCUCAGGACCUCCAAAACUGAGAAAAACUAGGCAAACCUUCUCCUGUAUCUCCUGGGAAGUAGUGGAGGCCACAUGUGCCUGCCUGCUGGCGCAGGGCGAGGAGGCAGAGCAGGAGCGCUGCUCUCCAAGUUUGGCCGAGCAGAUGGUCCUGGAGGAAUUCGGAAGGUGCCUGUCACAGAUUCUCCACAUCGAGUUCAAGUCCAAAGGGCUGAAAAUUGAGUAGAGUGCAAGAUCUAUGUGCAGCUUUGGGGAGUCUGCACCUAGGAAGGUGGUGCCAAGGGACAAGCAGGAAGCCCUGCAGCACGGCCAGACCAGCCAUGAGGGCUGAGCCAUCCCUCUGCUCAAGGCACCCUGACGUGCAGGCAGGCAGAACUGCCCUGGGGGUGGACACUGGCCCUCCUGUCCCUGGGGAGGCCCUCUGGGCCCCCCUGCCCUGCAUAAGACGCGGGUGGCUUUCUGAUUGUUACUGCGUGUUCACUUUUCAAGUCGCUUAGUGGUUUCCCCAUUCAAGUUGUUAUGAGCCCGCUUCAAGUCUCCAGAGAACAAGGCUCUGC